UCUUUUGCAUUGUCGAUAUUUUUUUUAAUUCAAAACGAAACCUCAUCAACUUGAAUAAAUCUUGUACCUAUUUUAAGUCGUAUAUACUCGUAUAUACUUUACCUACCUACCACUUGUAUGGGUUUAUUUUCAAGGGGUGUCUUUUUAAAGCAACAAUAUUUGUUGGCGCCUUUUUAAUCUUCUUUUCAUUUUUUCUUUUCUCUUCCUCAACUAACACGAAAACACACUGGUGUGUUGGUUUUUAUAUUUUUUGUGUGUAUAUAUUCCUCUCUCUUUGAUUUAAUGAGAUAUCUGUUCCUAGUAACAAGACAUCUGUUUUAUUGCUUGCUCUCCGUUCUCCGCUCAUUCCGCCGAUGUGUCUUUCACAGUUCGGUUCUGUGCAAAGUUCGUGUGUUGUGUGUAUUCUGUUUGGAUGAUUUCGUAAAUUUAACAAGAAACAAAGAAUAUAAUAAUCAAUUUAAAAUGUUUAGUAAUUUAAAUGAUGUGACAUCUGAUUCUGUUGAUGUUAUUAAAGAAGAAGUGAGAGAAUUAGAUGAGAUUUGUUUCGAAAAUGAUUUAAGAGAUCUCAUUUGUCGACAAUUUGGUUUAAGUGAAGAAAUUUAUUUGCGGCUUAUUGAAUGCCGAAUAGAUAUUGAAAGUCUAUUGUUUAUAAAAGAUGAUGACAUAAAGGAAUUAUUCCCCACCAAUAUGCUUGGACUACGAAUUAAAUUCCGAACAAGUUUGUCCCAAUGGCAGCAACAACACAUGGGUCAAAAAAUCAGUCCACCAAAAAGAGCACCCAUCAGAGUUAUUUCUCCAACUCCAAGAAUUUCUAGAGUAAUAUCAUCAUCACCUGCCAGAAUGUCUGUUCCAACUCAAAGAAGAAGUGUCGAUCAAUCGCAGUUGUAUGUUCUUCUUCAAUCUUCUGUAAAAGGUCAAACUAUAUUAAAUCAUUACGAAAAACAUUCGAAAUUAUUGGAUGAACAUCGAGUUGCUUUAGUUAGUGUUAUUGUGGAUUACCAUGUAGAUAGAGGAAUGGCCAUGUCUAUGAGUGAUAUAGUUCGAUAUACCGAAGAAAUUGGAAUUGUAUUUCCAACAGAAGAAAAGAGAUACUACUAUAGCACUCGAGGAAAAGGACUUAAUCCAAUGGGAAAGCUUUACGACAAAGCAAUUAAUGCUCGUAGAAAAGUCAAGAGACCUUGGCAAUCAGAAGAAGCCCCAAGUCCCAAAACUAGAAAUUCUGAAAUUGACAUCGUGGUUGCAAGUGCUGAUGAACUAGCAAAAAAGUCUUGGCUUUCUCAGAACAUGAAACCAUGGGAUGAAGUUUUAAACAAAUGGAGAAAAACUUUCAGAGUUAGAAGAACUGAUAUUUUGAAGGGGGAAGAUGUUUUGGAAAACUGGCCUCUUUUCAAAAAUCCAAUAGGUUACAACUUGAUUGAUGUUGAUUUUGUUGAACUAUAUCCGGAUAGUCCGAAAGAUAUCUUGGAGGAAUGGCAAUUUUUUAGAGAACAUAUCGUACCAUAUCUUAAAGAGAAGAUCAAGGAUCCUGAUUCAAAGGAAUUGAUGGAAAAUUUAAAUAACGAACUUUCAACAGAUUCAAAAGAUUGUUUAAUAGUUCUUCUUCUAAAUGCUGUUAUAAAACCACCAUUAUUAUCAUCAAAACUACUAAAUCCCAAUGGUUCUGGAGAUAAAAGACGAAAAUGGAAACCAUCCAUUUCGGAUGCACAAAAUGCCACAGUAAUGCACUGCGUUGACAUGGCGGAUUAUCAGAUAAAAUGCGAACAAGUAAAGUUAGAAGCAUCUGAAAAAAACAAAACUCUACAACCAUUGAUAGUGGUAGUAGGCGAAGAACUCACAAAUCUUGAAAGUUUUUACGUUCUUUACGAUUGCAUUGUUUAUAAAACUAAUUCUUUUAUUAAAUCUCUUGAUAUUUUAAUUAAAUUAUAUUAUGUUAUGAACAUGGAUUUUCGUUUAGAAGCUAAAUAUUUUUAUGAACUUAUUGAAAGUUAUUUUUUAAAAAUUAAAAUUUCAUCGAACCCAAAUAUUAUAAGUUUGACUAAUUACUUAAAUGAUAAUAAAAAUUGA